AUGUCGCCCCAGACGCCACUCAAUUUCGACUCAGGUCCCAUGGUUUGGAUUGACUGCGAAAUGACUGGACUCGAUCCUAGAAGGGAUAAGAUCUUGGAAAUUGCAGUAUUGAUCACAAAUGGUAACCUGGAGCUCGUCGAUGAACGAGGUAUCCAGUUCGUUAUCAGGACUGACGAGACUGUUCUGAAUUCUAUGGAUGAGUGGUGCAGAAUGCAACAUGGAAAGGCUCGUCGUCAUUGUAUAACCGAGUCAUGUAAGACUUCGCCUCACACGAGAGAGUACGUUGCAAAAGCCGUUUUGGAGUAUAUCAAGAAAUGGGUACCACAACAACGGACUGCUGUUCUGGCCGGAAACUCAGUCCAUGCAGACCGAUCAUUUUUGGUGGAGGAGAUGCCAGAAGUCAUUGACUGGCUUCAUUACCGACAGCGGCCGAUGCAAGUUUCCCAAGAUGUGUCAUCAAUCAAAGAGUUAUGCCGUAGAUGGUACCCAGACAAUCAAGCUCCGAAGGAUCCAUCAGCUGGAAAACACAGAGCUUUGGAUGACAUCGUGGAUUCUAUUCAAGAAUUAUCAUGGUAUCGCCGAAAUAUUUUCGUCCAACCCGUGUCUGGAAAGAUAUGUGGAUAA